UUCAAUUCAAACUUGAUGUUCUAAACCAACCGUGCCAAUUAAUAUUUUAUUUCAAUAUCUCCAAUCACACAAACAAUAAGAUUUUCUAUCUAUUUGCAUGUAAAAAAAACAAGAAGAGCAUGAUAAUCUCAAAAAGCUCCGUCACUGACGUCCGAUCAAGCAUAAGCGAAAAUGCCGUCGCACAAGACGUUCAUGAUCAAGAAGAAGCUGGCGAAGAAGCAGAGGCAGAACAGGCCGGUUCCGUACUGGAUCCGGAUGCGCACCGACAACACCAUCCGCUACAACGCCAAGCGCCGCCAUUGGCGCCGCACCAAGCUCGGGUUCUGAGGAUGCUUCCCUGCCCGCGCAAUCCGCGCUUGAUCUGCGGAAACCUUGUUUUUUUUCAUGCCUCUCAUUCUGAAAAUCUGGAACUCUGUUUAGGUGAAGGGCAAUCCACCACGAGGCCUUCGUUGUUUGACGGAACGAACUACACCUAUUGGAAGGAGCGGAUGAAGAUUUACAUCCAAUCCACCAACUUUCUCCUAUGGAGAAUUAUCAAGAAUGGUGAAGACGUGCCCAUGAAGAAGGUCGGGGAAACCAACUUUCCUAAGACCGAAAAUGAGUAUGAUGCUCAAGACAUCAAGAAAGUGGAGAACAAUGCCAAGGCCAUCAACAUCAUCUAUUGUGCCGUUAACCCGGAUGACUACCGGAAGAUCUCUUGUUGUUCCACCACCAAGGAAAUGUGGGACAAAUUAGAAAUCACCUACGAAGGUACGGAUCAAGAGAAUGAGAAAAUCGAUGAGAUGUUUGAACGAUUCUCCAAAAUCCUCAAUGAUCUCCAUGCUCUCAAGAAGACGUACACGGACAAGGAACUUGUGAGAAAAAUCCUGCGAAGCCUCACACCGGAGUGGCGCUCCAAAGCCAAUGUCAUCCAAGAAUCCAUCAGCAUUACCAACGUCACCAUUGACGGGCUCAGAGGUAACCUCAAAACCUAUGAGUCUACCAUUCUAUUCCCCUCUUUAGGUGAACAAAAGAAGAAGGGGAUUGCACUCAAGGCUUCCUCAAGUCAAGAACCUACCAUGGAGGAAUCAAGCGAUGAAGACAAUGAGUUCAGGCUCGUUAUCAAAAAGUUCCACAAGUUCAUGCGAGGUCAAAGAAAGAGAUCCCACACUGGCAAGAACGUGGCUUCCUCAUCGGCUCCUCCACUGGCGACGCACAAGUACCUCGACGGGUCGUUCCUUUGGUUCAACGACCGCACAGAGGCAACGCGAUUCUCGGAGAAGUUUGAGCACCGGGAGAUCCUCCCUCCCCGGUUUUCCACCAGCCGCUUCAUUCAUGGAUUUAUUCCACGGCAGGCACAGGUCAUCCUUCAAAAAGGACACUUCCUCAACCUCCUCUACAUCAAGAAGAAUGACUAUCAACCUUUUCUUGUUCGAGCCUUCUACUCGAACUUGAAAAAGGAUGAGGACGGAUCGUUGAUUUCAAACGUCAAUGGGGUGGAGAUCUAUUUGAAUGAGGAGAACAUUCAAAUUCUCACCGGGCUUCGUUGGGACGGACAGGAUCUAGGCCUCUAUGUCGGAGAAGAAGGAGCGCGGUUCAACGAGACCGCACUCUUGGAGGAAGUGGGCAUCCAAAACUUCGUCCCCACUCCCCAACAGUGGCGCCCUACGAUUACUUCCAUGAGUCUCGUGUUUCGAUUCAUUUUCUAUGUUUUGACACAGAUUCUCAAGCCUAGGAAGUUCAAUCACACCACUCUCUCCCAAGAGGACAUGAAGACGAUCCAUGCGAUGAUUAACAACGCCAAUAUCAAUUGGUGUAAGUUUGUGAUGACUCACAUGUUCAAUGCCACCUCCGACAACCGACCGCUUCCCUAUGCUCUUCUUGUCAUGGCGAUCCUUGAUGAGUUCCACAUCAAGACGGACGUCGGGCCGAAAUGCAAAGGGACGAAGCAUUGGGAGAUUGACGAGUCCUCCUUCCACCCGGGAACCGAUGAAGCUACGUUCUCGCAGCCUCGUCCUCGCCGCCAAACAAGAGCCACCGCUUCGACCGCCAUAGCUUCGACCAACCCUUCUCUCGCCGAGCAAAUGGCGGCUUUGACCACCACCCUUUCUCGGAUUGACACCAACGUCUCCAAAACGGCCCAAAAUGUCAAUAUUUUGAGCUGUGAGCUUCACGGGUAUUUUGACUUUGUCAACUACCCCUACGCUCAAAUGGUCCCUUAUGUUCCUCCGCCAAACCUCGGUGGUGAACCAAGUGGGACUAACAACGUUGGAGGAGAAGAAGAAGCAGCGAAUGACGAAGACAAAGAAGAAGAGGAAGAGGAAGCCGAAGAAGAAGAAGAAGACGACGAUGAUGGCAGUGGUGAUGAAGAAGAAGAGGAAGACAUCGACAAAGAACAACUUCUCGAUGAUCUUUCACAGGAUUUCUAGAGCUCUAGCUCUUUUCUCUUCUCUUCUUUAUUUACUGUGCUUUUUAAAUUUGCUUCCGUUAUGUACUCCGCUAUUUCCCUUAAUUAAUAAAUAAAAAUCUUUAUGAUUUUUAUUGUUAAAUCUUUUUGUUAAUGUCAAAAUGGUGAAGAUAAGGGCUAUGCAUAUAUUAAGGGGGAAUUUCUGUUUUUUUUCAAAAAGAUCAAAACCCUAUGCAUAUCCCCGUCUUGUUUGCCAUUAUCAAAAAGGGAGAAAUUGUUGGAACACACUUUGGACGUUUAACUAAAGUCGUGUUCAUUUC